UCGCCCCGGGCCCCGCCCCCGGCCCCACGGGCGCGUGCCGCGGGCUCGGGGGGGCGCUCGCUCCGCGCCCCACGCGCGACGCCGCCCGCGGAGGUUUCCGCUGCGCCGCGCGGCCGCGGCACUUCCUGGCGUCCCGGAGCCCGCGCGGACUCGAGCCGCCGCCGCGACAGCCAUGAGCCCCCGGGGCUGCCUGAGCGCCACCAAGUAUUUCCUCUUCUUCUUCAACCUCUUCUUCUUCGUGCUGGGCAGCCUCCUCCUGGCCUUCGGCCUCUGGAUCCUCUUCGACCGGCAGAGCUUCACCGCCGCGCUGGGCUCGGCGCUCUUCGGCCUCCGCGCCUGGUCCUACGUCUUCUGCGGCGUCGGCACCGGCACCAUGGCGCUGGGCUUCCUCGGCUGCCUCGGCGCCCUCAAGGAGCUCAAGUGUCUGCUGGGGCUGUAUUUCGGGUUCCUGCUGCUGCUCUUCGCUGCCCAGAUCACGGUCGGGGUCAUCGUGUACACGCAGCGCGUCGCCCUGGGCGCCCGGGCGGCGGAGCUGGCGCAGGGGCUGAUCCAGGGGUACCCGGCGCAGGGGCCCCCCGGGGAGGCCCACGAGAGCUGGGACGCGCUGCAGCAGCAGCUGCGCUGCUGCGGCUGGGCCGGGCCCCAGGACUGGGCCCAGCGCCCGGCACCGCAGCCCAACGCCUCGGCCGAGGCCGCCGUCGCCGUCGCCUGCUCCUGCCUCAACGCCUCGGCACCCCGCGGCGCCCGCCCGGCCCCCCCCGCCCUGCCCCACGGCCUCUGCCCCGCCGCCCCCCAGGACGUCUACCCCCAGGGCUGCGCCGCGGGCGCCCGGGCCUGGCUCCACGAGAACCUCAUCACCAUCGUGGGCGUCUGCCUGGGCGUCGCCCUCAUGGAGCUCUGCCUCAUGAUGCUCUCGAUGUUCCUCUUCCGGAACAUGGAACCCGACUACGACAAGCUGCUGCGGUACCGCUAGAGCCGGGGGGGCCUCGGGGGGGCCUCGGGGGGCCCGGCCCCCGCCCUGGCCCUGCCCUGCCCUCCCCCCCCCCACCCCCGGGGCAGCGCCGCUUCCCCUUUUCUCCCCCUUUUGGACCCAAUUUGCAUUUGUAAAUAAAAGUGCUGACACCA